UUUUUUCCAAAAUCCCGGUUAAUACAAAGAGCAAGUGGUUUUCUUCAUCCCAAUGAUUUUAGGAAUUUGCUUAAUUGUUGUUGUUCAUUUGGUAUUCUAAUUGAUUUAAUUUUGAAUUUUCUAUUAACGUGAUUAACUGUAGACCAAGAUGAAUGCGCCUCCAGCAUUUGAAUCUUUUCUUCUUUUUGAAGGAGAAAAAAAAAUCAUCAUUGAGAAGGAAACUAAAGUACAAAAUGCUGCCAUUUUCACUGUCAACAAGGAAGAUCACACUUUGGGUAAUUUGAUUAGAUGUCAAUUGUUGAAGGAUCCAAAUGUUAUAUUCGCUGGUUACAAAGUACCUCAUCCAUUGGAACACAAAUUCAUCCUUAGAGUGCAAACAGUCGGAGAUUAUACUCCUCAAGAUGCUCUGAAAAACGCACUAAGUGAUCUGAAUGCGGAAAUUUCUUAUAUCGAAGAGAAAUUCAAGAAAGCGAUUAAUGAUCAGAACGAGAACUAAUCUUAGGUCAUAUCUAUUAAAGGAAUCCAGUAAUUUUCCGAUUCAAGUUUCCCAUUGAUUAAUCAACUUGCGAAAUAAAUUUAAUUUCAAGAAAACGA